AUUAAACUCAACAAAUGCCUCCGAAUGUCAUUUUAUAAAUGCUCUUUAUUUGAUUUUGAGUGCUUGUAAACACUUGUAAAACAGGAAAUAAAGUUUCAGGUUCUCAUUUGUAUCCUGUCCGUGCGAUCGCUCGCGCCGCGGUGCAUGCUGGGACUGCGGGUCCUCCACGGGCGCCUCCAUCUUUAAACCCCAGAGGAAAAAAACAGCUUCCGCUCAGUCGUACACACACAGACACAAGAUCCUGCGUUCACAUCCACAUUUAUGACACAUUGAGCCCCAGACCCGCGCUUUAAAUCGACAGAUCAGACUAGCGGAGACCUGAGGAACUCAUGGGAGGCGCGAUCAGUGUUUCAGCACCUUUAUUUCUGCACUGACAUCCGCGAAAACAGGCGGAAAAGCGGCGAGAGCGCUGAUCGCAACUGCGCAUCUCUUCUUCUUUUGUCCGUCUCUCUCUCGGUUUUCUCUUCUCUCCCUCCUGAUGCCCGGAGAUGAGUAGUGGAAGAUGUCGGUUUCGGGACUGAAGGCCGAGCUGAAGUUUCUGGAGUCCAUUUUCGACCCGAAUCACGAGCGCUUCAGAAUCAUCGACUGGAAGCCGGACGAGCUGAGCUGCCAGUUCAACGUGACCGGAGAGAAGCUGCUCAUUAUUCACUGCAACAUCACGGAAUCAUACCCCCUGACGCCCCCGAUAUGGUUUGUGGACUCCGAUGACCCCAGUCUGACCCAAGUGCUGGAGCGGCUGGAGGACGUCAGGAAGAGCAGCACACUGCUCUUGCAGCAGCUGAAGAGGCUGAUCUGUGAUCUGUGCCGCCUCUAUAAUCUUCCUCAGCACCCUGAUGUGGAGAUGCUGGACCAGCCGCUUCCUGCAGCGCCCCUGAACCAGGACAGGAAGCUUGGGACCACAGAUGAGGUCACAUCAGAGGAGGAAGAGGAAGAAGAGAUGGGAGAGCAGGACAUUGAUCUGGAACACUAUGACAUGAAAGAGGAGGAGCCGGUGGAUGGGAAGAAGUCUGAGGAUGAUGGGAUCGAGAAGGAAAACCUGGCCAUCCUGGAGAAGAUCCGGAAGAACCAGAGGCAGGACCACUUGAAUGUAAGUGCUCAUUCGGGCGCAGUGUCUGGAUCGGUUCAAGCGUCGGAUCGCCUCAUGAAGGAGCUCAGGGAGAUCUACCGGUCUCAGAGUUAUAAAAACGGCAUCUACUCAGUGGAGCUGGUCAACGACAGCCUGUACGAGUGGCAUGUGAAAAUAAGAACUGUGGAUCCAGACAGUCCUCUGCACAGUGACCUCCAAGUGCUGAAGGAGAAGGAGGGAAUGGACUACAUCCUCCUCAACUUCUCUUACAAAGACAAUUUCCCCUUUGACCCUCCGUUUGUACGUGUGGUUUCUCCUGUGCUUUCUGGAGGGUAUGUUCUCGGCGGAGGAGCUCUGUGUAUGGAGCUACUCACUAAACAGGGCUGGAGCAGUGCCUAUUCCAUAGAGUCUGUCAUCAUGCAGAUUAAUGCCACUUUAGUCAAGGGAAAAGCAAGAGUUCAGUUUGGAGCCAAUAAGAAUCAGUACAAUCUUGCCAGAGCGCAGCAGUCGUAUAAAUCACUGGUGCAGAUCCAUGAGAAGAACGGCUGGUACACACCUCCAAAAGAAGACGGCUAGACUGACCGAUCCAAACAUGGGCCGAGUAUCUUGAGGUGGACAUCUUUUUGUUUCUUGUUUUUUCUCCUCCCUCUUUUAAAUCUCUCCGCCUCUUUUGUUCCUCAUCACUUCCACUGGGUUGAAGAGGCUCGAUUUGAUCGAGUCCAGUUUGAUCCACGUGAAAAGCCCGAUUUUCCUUUAUCAUCUCAGAUUAUAUCAUUAUUCCUGCGGUCCUGACGCCAACAUCUCACGUCAACCUCCGAGAGAGCCGACACACGACGGAAAGUGAUUUCUGACUAAACUGAAGUUUUUACCCGUGGACUGAAAUGAACGCCACGAUCCAGUAAACCUGUAAAGAUGUGUUUGGAAGAAUGAACGCUGACACCUACAGCAGGAACCUUCUGACCAAACAUCUCAAUAUAGACGUACGGAGCUGACGGACACGUGAUGACUACUGCUGUUUGUCCUGAAUGGGGUUUGAAGUGUAUAGUGACGCCAUUCCUGCUGCAACAGGAAGCUUUCCCUCCUAAUAUGUUCAGCAGAACAGUCUGGGUUUGUAAAAUUGUAUUUACCAAGUUGUUUUAAGCCCCUUUGCCGUGCCGGGAAAGCUGGGAGGUGACCAAUAAUGCCUUAAAAAGGAGGAGAAAGGAAAAGAAUGAGCAGAAGUUGAUGUGUUUCUCUGUCCUGCUGUUCCUCCACGCCUUCGUCUCCAGUAUUUCUGUUCAAAACCCAUCUGUGCAAUCUGACCGUGGGGAACGCAAGAAAACAGCCCUUCUGUAGUGUUCACAUGGUUCCAAUCGUACACACACUGACGCUUUGAGUUUGUCAGCAUGUUCGGCUGAAACGUUUCUCUGAUCGUUGAUGUUUGGAUGCCGUUGACGGGGUUUUAGCCUAAAUUUCUGUUGAAUGCACUGGGAAGGGUUCGGCUGUUUUCUUGAUGGGACGAUGUGAGCCGCUUCACUCUUUUUGUUUUGGUAAAUUAAAAUAUAAAUAAUGCCACUCUGACAUCAAGCCAUAGAUUGAAUCUGUAGAUUUUAUUCCAGAAAUCGCCCUCUACCCUCAUCUUUCAGGAUCAACUCAACCCUCUGAUCGUUUCGAAUGGGGAAAUGUAUGUUAAAUACAGCUGAUUCCAGAUCAGUCUCAAGCGUCAUUCAUUGAAACGUGGAGCCGGUUUUGGGGAAUAUGUUUGCGAUCCUCCGCCGCUGAUGGCGAGGGUUCAUUGAGUUAUGCACUGUUAGCAUGCUUUGGUUAUAUUGCGUUUUAUUUUACUAUUUUUUUUUUCCAUUGUAAGUGUAAUUUUGACCAUGUACAGUACAAUUUGUAAACUUGCAUCAAGUUUAUGAAUAAAGAAUUUUAAGAAAUA